CUCGGCGUUUCAACUUCUACAGCAAGCUUCUCUUGAUAUUAUGUUUCAAGAGUAGAGGCAGCCAGCCAGCUGGCUUAAAUAGCUCUCUUAGUUAGCUGUGGCAGUAAUGUUUCUGCCUGAAGCCUCAUUUUACCAACAAAUUACCAACACGUUAAUCCCAGUUGACUGUGCUAUUGAUUGCCUACUACCUAAGAUGGCUCACCUUAGCAAGGCAAACCCGCCAGGCGACUAUGUCUGCCUGGGAUGGCUCACGGGUACAAUAUUGUUUACCCUGCAGAUGAAGAGUACGGUUGUCACCCAAACGGUUGGUUGUGACCUGUCUGCGGUCGGUGGCUGUACACACAAGGAUACUCGUAUCCACCUGCGCACCAAGCUUUUUCGGACUUUUAAGAAUUGAUGGGGCUAUAUCUCGUUAUGGAAAUUGACUCGUAUCGAGUCUGUCGGGCCAUGAUAUAUAGACCUAUGCCUUUUCCUCUAGAAUGCACCUUUCCUCUACCCACCACGAUAUCAACAAGAUCAUUCCCCAGUGCAAUUCAUAUAGGAUUGACCAUAACUCCCCCUUUAUCUCAUUUCCCUUCAAAAACCGGUACACAAAAUGCUUAUAUAUAAAGCAAUCAAGAAGCGCCGCGAGGAAAACCAGCCUGGAUCUGAGCUAGCCGUCGAUUCGGAGAAACAAAAGGAGAAGAAGCUGUGUUCGCAUCUUCUGGGAAGCCAAAGCCAAACUUCAGCCUCACCAUUAUUAUUAAACAAACCAAAGCAGACUUACAUUCGCCCGGAUGCCGGGUCUCUUGAACCCCAGCAGGCAGAAGCCUUACUCGAGUUAGCCGAUUUAAACCAGCGAUCUCAAAUACAGGCGUCGGGGCCAUGUGAGUUGUGUAAAAAGGAGAAACAUGACGCCCGUGUUUACCGAUGGAAGUUGAUUGCGGGCUUACUGCUGCCGUACUUCCUAGCAUCCGUGGACUUGACCAUUGUCGCUGCAGCAUUACCUUUUAUUGCAUCUCACUUUAACAAGUUAGAUCAACUCAACUGGAUCGUAACGGCUUUUACCCUUACUUCAACGGCGUUCAUUCCUGCCUUUGGCCAACUAUCCGAUGUCUUUGGCCGCCAUUUCGUUCUACAGCUAGCAAUGUUUCUUAUGCUCAUCGGCAGCGUUUUAUGCGCUGUUGCUCCGUCGUGGGGUGUCCUCUUGCUAGGUAGGGCAUUGCAAGGAACAAGCGCGUCGGGUAUCACAAAUUUGAUUCAGAUAAUAUUGGCCGAUAAAGUCAGUCUGAAAGACAACGCAAAGAACAGUACCAUCUUCCAGUUCGUUGCUGGAAUUUCCUACAGUGUUGGGCCUAUUAUCGGCGGGUGA